AUGGAAGCCCUAACAGCUAUCGGCUUGAUCGCCAAUGUCAUUCAGUUUGUCGACCUCGGCGCGAAGCUUGUCGGCUCUGCGAAGGAAAUGCGCAACUCUGUUAGCGGCAUGACGUUGGAGAAUAAGAGCCUGGAGGAAGUCACCAUUCAGAUGCGCGAUCUAACUUCGAGGCUGGAGCCCCCCAAAACGCACGCACGCACCCAAGAUGAAGAAGACCUCCGUCUGUUGGCUCAAGAGUGCCGUGAGCUGUCAGAUCAGAUUCUCCGCCUCUUAAGGAAAAUUGCCCCUAGCAAGCCGAACUCAACCCUUCGUUAUAUGCGAUCUGCGUUCAAGAAUAUCAAGUACAAGGACGACAAAAGAGAACUUGAGAACAAACUAGCUAGAUGCCGUAGCCAGCUGCAUCUGCAAUUCAGCAAGUUGAACAGUUCGGAAGUACAUGCGCAGCUCCAGGCCCUCGGAAAUCUUGCGCAAUCAAACCAAGCAAUCUUGCAAACGUUACCGCAACAGAUCGAGCGUAUUCGCCGCGGCACAUGUGUUGCUUCCUUGGGUGUUGAAGCCCUAGAUCAGUUGAAAGAGCUACUUGGAUUGACUGAAGUAGCUCAAGAAUCAGUCGUAGCUCGGAGUUUCCUCAAUGAUCUUGCGUUUGAAGGAAUGGAGGCCAGAGUUGAUGUCAUCGCGAAAGAGCACAGCGAAACCUUUCGAUGGAUUGUGGAGCAAGAUGCAGACGUCGACGACGUUACAUUGAAGACUAACGCUCGCGAACUAUACCUUUCAUGGCUACAUCAUGCUUGUGGAAUCUUCCAUAUCGCGGGAAAGCUGGGGUCGGGCAAAUCCACACUCACGAAAUUCCUGUACAAGCAUCCGGAAACACGUAAACGGCUGUUGGCGUGGGCAGAUGAUAAAAAGCUGGUGAUGGCAAGCCACUUCUUCUGGAAACCCGCGAAGCUGCAUUUACAAAAGUCACUCAACGGAUUGGAGAGAUCGCUACUUUAUCAACUGCUGUUAUCCCAUCGGGAGUUGACGAAGAAUGCAUUCCCAGGGAUCUGGGAACAAAGGAUGAGCAUCAAAGACGGUCGGAUGGAGCUACCACAUAGCCUCUCCUCGGAUGAAAUUCACGAUGGCUUCAUGGCCCUCCUUAGGGAUGAAACCGUUCAGCAAUCAUAUCGAUUCUGUUUCUUCAUCGACGCUUUGGAUGAGCACGAGGACAUACCCCAAUAUGAUCACAAACACAUGGUCGACGAACUUCGCAAGUGGACACAGAUCUCUCCAAACUCCAUCAAGCUAUGUGUAUCCAGCCGGGAAGAGAAUGUGUUUGAGAACGCUUUUGCUAAAGAUCGAAGGAUACGAUUGCAGGAUCUCACGAGGCACGAUAUGGAGUGUUUCGUACGUUCUAGGCUCGAAUCCGUGCAAGACCACAACACCCGAGAACGUCUUACAAGUGAAAUUGUCAAGAAAUCAGAUGGCAUCUUCCUCUGGGUUGUACUUGUCAUCAAACAGCUCCGACAAGCGUUGGAGGACGGCGAUGCUGCCUCUACGGACAAGACCCACACGAAUGGUACAAAGCGCAUGAAAAACAAGCUCGGAGACAACUACAAGGGUAUUGUAGAGGACUUGUCGAGGAUCGAGGCAACCCUGAAGUCUGCAAGCAAGAAGGGGGUUUUGAGCGCUCCAGACCUGAACCCGACCCUUCUAAACCCGCCGGAUCGAGAUGUAUCCUGUUUGUACAUCGCACCGUCAUCGAAUUUCUUGAAGAAUCAAGAACCCUAG